AGGAUCCAGAUAGCUCUAUCAGUCCUUCUGAAUGCACAGAAUUACUGAAAGCAUUAAACGACAUGCAGAAGAAGCUUGCAGUGCUGAAGCAAGAUGCUCGCGUGCUCGAAGAUAAAUGCGUGCGUGGAAUUGCAUCACGCGAGCAGAAGGUCGGGGGCUCAACAUCGCCUGCUUCAUACAUCGAGAUGAAGGUGCAGCUUCUCCUCAGCUACUUGAUCUCCUUGACCUACUAUCUUUUGCUGAAGGUCAAAGGUGUCCCGGUCCGUGACCAUCCUGUAGUGCCGCGGUUGCUCUGGAUCAGGACGUUGAUUGAAAAGCUAAAACCAGUCGAUCAGCGGUUGCAGUAUCAGAUGAACAAGCUCUUGCAGUGGAACGAUGCCAAAAAGGCAGAAGAGGUAGCAGCAGGCUUGGAGGAUGCUCAUGCCUUGCGACCGGGUCAGCUUGUGACCACGGUGCAGGAUGAUGGCGAGGAGGCAGAAGCUUCGGAAGUGGAAGCGCAGCCCGAGGAUGGGCACCUGGGAGCCUACAAACCUCCGAAGAUCGCGCAGGUAGAGUACACUGGAGAUCACAUCUCCAUGCAGGAGCGGGCUCAAAAAGAGCUUGAUCGAAAGAAGGCUCGACUGGAGCGAAGCGAAUUCAUGCGCAGUUUGCGAGAGGAGUUCACGGAUGCUCCGAAAGAGAUUGUGGCAGAGGAGAGAUCUGCUCGUGCUGAAAAGGCAGCUCGCAUGAUGCGAGAACAGCAAGAGUUCGAAGAAGACACCAUGACGCGAGUGAAAGUCAAAAAGGCUGAACUCCGUAGGCAGAAGCAAGCCUUGAGGGAAGGGCGGGCAACAUCUGGCGGGGCUGUGUCCCUUUUUGAUGUGGCCUCUGACUUCGGUCAGAUCAUGCGAGGAGCCUCCUCUGGAAAAGGUGGAAAAGGGAAGGGACGACGUGGAGGAGUGCUCCAGGAAUACGAAGAUGCCAAACAGAAAGUCCAUGGACUCCGAGAAUCCGUUGCAUCAGCUAUGGAUGGGGCCCGUGGGCGGAAACGGUCCUCUGGAGGGAGCGAACCUUCAAAAGCGGGUUGAACAGCGCCGGCACCUGAAGGCCAGAUGAAAGGGAAGCGAAAGCGCUGAUAACGAUGAUCCUGUCCGCCGGUAAACGGCCAAAGUGUGGCCUGUGGGCUGGCAGAUAAUUUCUGAGAUAAUGUAUGCUGCUGAAAGUGGCCCAAGUUGCUCCUUUGAUGUUGCCUGGACAUGAACGCUGAUCCCUUUGUUGUGGC